GUAAGACAUGAGUGUUCCGCUCCCAACCUCAGACAGAGAUAAAGUGAGGAACUGACAUUUGGAGAAGUGAGUACGAUCACACUUCAAUUCUGACGGAGGCUGACAAACCACCCUGGCUACAAGCUCUCAGAAAUGGACUACAGUCUCCAAGGAGCUGCAACAGACAGGAAGGCCCCUGUACUGCCCAUCAAACAGCGCAGGAGUCUUUCCUCCAGUUCAAGUUCUGCUCCAGAUCUACAGCUGGAGGGGACCCUGAACGUGCCUGGCUCCUCUCCUCUUUCCUCACCUUUUACUGAUGUGUUUGCUGCCCCGACUGACUGCAACGCUGCCCAGUGCCCAAUCCAUCAUCGCUAUGACACUUCAGGCUAUCACCAGGAGAGAUUCUUCUCAGACCAAACGCCUCCUCCGAUUCCCAAGAAGAAGCUGGCACGGACCUUGUCGCUGCCCAUAGGUCCUCUGCUCGACAGUGUCCGGCCACUCAUGAGACCUCACUACUUUGAAAGUUCACCUUACAUGACUGAAAACCCACCACUGGACCAUGCUGGAGAGCAUAAGAAGGAACACACCCUGAAAGCCUACUGCUUCAACCAGUUAACCUUUGACACCCCUGAUCAGCAUCUUCCAGGCUUUUUCAGCAGCUUCUGUCACCAGGAGCAAGUGUAUGUGGGCAUCCAAAACCGCUACCUUGAGUUUGUGAAGAGCGCUGUGAAGCACCUGGAGGCACAGGUCCUCCUAGAACUGCAAGUUGAGUGGGUGAGGACACUCCAACCUCAGGACUUUGUGAUAUGUGAGAAUCCUCAGCCUGAGAAGAUGGAGCAAGAUGUUUUCUAUGUGGUGCACAUCCCUAAAGUCCCUGAGGGUUUUUUCUCUGCAAAGGUACACCAAAAAGAUUCUGUAUCAACUUGCCCAGUGCCACUGCUGCCUCAUCCCAAUGUUGAAGAAGUUUUGGCCCACUUUUCCCCAUCCAUUGCACAGAAAAAACAACAUCUCUCAGAAUUAUUAGCUGUAAUGGAAGCAUCAGAAUUAUCACAUGAGGGCAGUGCUGAGCUAAGCCAGGAAUCUGACACCGUCACCAAGGGGGACACAGUCUUAUCAUUCCUGGAAAGAGGCCAUGCAGUCACUAUAGUGAGGGAUUUUCCCUGGGGAACACUGGAGGACUUUGUGCAGGAGGGAAUUUCUCUGCACCAUUUACAGCCUGUUGUGUACCAAAGGCGGCUUUGCCUACUGAUUCUCCAGCUGGCUCUGGGCUUGCAGCAUCUAGAGAGUCACAAUGUCAAGCAUGCGGAACUGAGAACACAGAGAAUAAUGCUGGUGUGGUUGCAUAUCAAGAGCAAGAGGUCAAAGGGGAGGGUUGAAGCCAUUGGGGAUCUGAAGGACGUUAAGAAAAGGAAUUGGUUUGCAAUAAACACAGAUUAUUCUGAGAGGGAAUGUACUGGUAAGGGUAACAUCCUGCAUGAGAACAGGAACGUGAAAAGGGUUCAUACAUUAUGGGACAAGUGGGGCACUCCUCGUGUUGUGAUUAACCAUACCGACGUCCAAGUUGAACCUUUUCAAGACAUACAAACUAAUGCGUUCCAACUAGGAGCUCUGCUUAAAUUCUGCCUGCACCAGCAUAUGGAUCAAAAUACUGAGUACACAUCUGGCCUGCUUCGCCUGAUCAGCCAGCUAACUGGUGAGAAUCCAGGUCUUCAAAUGGUGGAAGUAGUAGGAGUUCUUCAGGCCCUGUUGUGGGGCCCCCGAGUUGGACUCUUUGAGAAGAACCAACCAAACACAACAGUGCUUCACAACUGGCUAACAGUAAAGCGCUCGCUGCUGAUGUUGAAGCUGGCUGAAAAGGGACUAUUCUCAAAUCAGAAUGAUUUGGAUUGGGAGGAGUAUCUGUGCCUGCAGUAUAUUGCCUUUGCUGAGCCAGAGACUGUACUAAAGACAACAGCACAGUUGGGCCUGUACAGCAAUGUAAGGCUAGUUUAACAGCAGAGAAAAACACUGCACAACCCAAGAGUCCCUAAAAUCCUAGUGAAGCAACAAGCUUGUAGGAAAUGACGGAGUACUUCUACUUUAGAGUCAUUUUAAUUUGCUGUCUACUAGGAAGAAUAGAACAUGUAAAUAAGCAAAGGUUGACCUCAGCAACUAGAGCCAAAUAACAGAUCAAUAUUAUGGCUCAUACUUGUAUAUAAAAACAUAAGCACCCAUUUCAUUUUCAUCUUACACAAAUAACCCUGCUUUUUUGAAUGUAGAGCGACAUAUGAAUGUCAGAAACCUCCCCUUGUUUAUUUGCUUAACAAAUUGUAUUUUUUUCCAAGAGAUAUUUUUGGGGAUGUUAAAUAUAAAAUUACUUACAUAAAGUCUAAACAAAAAAAUAAGCGUUAAAAAAAAGGAGUUUCCAGAACUGGAGUUCCAAGUUUUCAAAACAAAUAAAAAUGGGACUUCCAACAUCCUGGCAAGAUCUGGUAACUACUAAAACCAUCACCAUCAGAUAAACAGUAGCUUCCAUCUUUGCAAAACUCAAGCCCCACUCUCAUUUUUGCUCUUACAGAACACCGUUGUUUCACUCCAUCCUUCCACUGCAAGAAGAAAACUCAAUACUAUAGGUCUAUAAAAAGAUGCGUAGCCGCCAGGAAGCUGUACUGAGUAAAGGAAACACACAAGAGGAAAACUUGAACUGAGGAAUAAAAAUAAGCUGCUGGUAUUCUCAGAGCAAUGGACCGUGCAGCCCGGAGUUCACACCUCAGUAUCACAGGUGUGACUGGUUGCAUCUUCUACUUCUUGCAGUCCAAGUAAUUUCUAAGACUGAACUUUGAAGGCAUUUACACAAAGCAUGGAAAAGCUUUCCAGCAGACUUACUACUUACUGGCAGCUCUGACUGGAAAUUAAAUAAAGGAUGGGUGAUCUCAUUUUUAGUGCAGACAGUACUGUAUUGGGAGACUAGGCUUAAAUCAGUCUCAUCACUGGCUCACACCCACCAAAGGAUUAAUGGGCAUAACUCAUACGAACAUACAAGAAGUGAAGAAACAAAACCACUGCACAGGGUGAGCACAUUUAUUCUGCACCAUCACAACAUGCAGAUCAAUCCAACUUGGAACAUAAAAAAUUUGAAGAUUCAUGCACACAUUAAUAAUAAUAAUAAUAAUUUUUUAAAAAAUCAAAACAAACAUGAAAUAGCACUGGAAAACUACUUACAUACAUUUUUGUUGUAUGAGAAUUUUAACCAUAAAUAUUACAAUCUACAAAGCAAUGUGUGGGAACAGGAGUAGAAGAACCAGCAUUAAACAAUUACUUUAGGUGGUGGACCCAAUAGAUGAUUUAUGACCUAAUGAUUGCAGUGAAAAU